UCCAAAUGUCAACGGUGUCAAUAUCGCUAGUUGGGAGCGUCAAACGCGUCGGGAAGAAAAUAUGCGAGAAAAGUAGGUGGAAAUUGGUGAAAAUUUCGGCGUAAAAUCUGUACGUGUGUGUGUCCAACGAGUGUUAAGUAAAUGGUCAAGAUGUCGAGCCGCACUGUUUGCUACCAGCAGUAGCAUGUUGGUUGUUUAAAUUGAUACAACACAACUCGAGACAAGUGUAUUUGCAUUUGCAUUAUCUGAAGUAUCAGCCCGAUAGUUACGAUACACCUCCCCCGCGGUGUGUAGGUGAAGAUAUCGACAAAUAACUUGCAACUAAGUGACACCGUUCGGCGGCAUGUGUGACCCUUUUCCGGUGCCAAAAGAAUAAGCGUGUGUGUGCGUACGUGUCGAACAGAAAUGGUGAACAGAUUGUGACGGCGUAGAAUGAUUGACCACGCGUAUCCUUUCGCAAUCGUGCCCAGCAGCAGUGGUGCGUGUUGCGUUUCAUAGGAACCACGGCCAAAGGGCUUACUUACUCCAUCAUCCCGAUCGUUUGUCGUGUGCCAAAGGUGGGUGGCAUGUCCUGCCGAGUGUUUCGAUUUGUAUCGUGUCCGUUACCAGCAGCUGUUACCGGCUACUAGCCACCAAAUCAUCGCGUCAUCCACGCCACGUAAGUGAACGCGUUCAACCGUUUUGACGGCUACAACGGUGUUAGUGGCGCGGUUCGGCCGAUUGAUGAAUUUAUCUGGUGUGUACCACCCGUCGCCACUGUAUUGUCCGCCGCUUCCGCCACCGGAUCGUGUGUCCGAUGAAAUGCGCCGUAAUUAAAGAAAGAGCACGCGAGAGAGAGAGAGAGCGAGAGCAUACGACAAGAGGCUGUGUCCACCGGUGUAUGCGUCCGCAGUAGGGUUUAUGAGAUCGCGCGCGCGCGCGUUCCAUAACCACAGUUAAGCUUGGUAUCGUGCUGGAAACAGGCGUCCUCCAUGCUUUUGGUUGGUUGGCCGUUCGUAUCGAUACGUGUCCGUUUGUUAGCUGCUCAUCCGCGAACUGUUGACCGUGAAAUUAUCGUGUGUGUGUGUAUGUGUUUGUGCGUUUAAGUAAGUGUAUUCGUUUAUAAACAAACUCUAUUGUGUCUAUUCGCCCUACCGAGACGCUUUUCCCCCCCGCUAUUCACUGGUUGCUGUGCAAAAUUUGUUUCCCCUAUUUGUGAACGCGGGCUUAAAGAACGGAAUAAAUCACGGAUAGUGACGGCAGAGCAGGUGCCAUCCGCAAAACCAGAUUUUCGAUGGUAAAGGCACCACUAUUAUCGACCGCUUCCCAGCAGCAGCACCAGAAGCCCCAGUGCCCGAAGGAGAUCAUCCACCAGCCGUCUUCGGUGGCGCUGUCCUGCUCCUCGUCCACCUCGCAGGUGUUGAUACAGGCACAGCCCCACCAUCAACACCAUCACCAUCACCUCCUUCCGGCCCAUCCCGUGCAGCUUCAGCAGCAAACGCAACAACAGCAGCAGCAGCAGCAGCAGCAACAACAGCAACAACCCCUGUUCAGCUUCCCUCCUCCGCUAACGGCAGCUGCAGCGGCUACUGCGGCCUACUAUCCGAUCGGCACGGUGAAGAAGCAUCGGCGUGUACAGAUACAGAUGGCCACAGAACCACCGGUCGGUGUCGGCACGGGCGGUAUCGUAGUAACGAAGACGGCAACUUCGGCCGCCAUUGCCGUUGUAGCACCCACGGCACGAAAUGCCGUCGCCAUGGCUACCGGUUCGCUGAACAGUUGCAUUACCACCGGUACCGGUGCGGGACCGGCCACGGUUUGUAGUGGCGCCGGCCCAACGAUUGGUGUACCGUCGGCCACCAGUCAAUCGCAGCAGCCUAUUCUAACCCUCGCGCCUAGCACGACGGUGGCCACGAGCGGCGGUGGCAUCAAGGUGAACCAACCGACGCUGCAGCACCAGCGAAUUCAAUCGAUGCACCACAUCCACCACCAUCACCAUCAUCAGCUGAUCAACGGUAUACCGGCAACGGCCGGCCAGCGGAUGCCAGCCAAUGCAGCUGCGGCGGCCGCUGUCGUUGCGUCUACCGCCACACAUACCACGCACAAUCCGGCCGCCGGCUGGCCAAUGGUUGAACCGGUGUUCCACUUUGGGCCCGGCUUUGAGCUAGAAACGCGCCCGUUCUGUCCGGCCCAUACACCACCGUCGGAGCAUGUUGUCCUGUUUCACGUACGACCUGGGGUAGCCGUCACGUUUCAGAUCGCGGGCAAUCGGGAAACUAUACGAGGUCCCGUCACACUGCCAAUGGUGUCGCAGAAUGGUACGCCCCCGAUGGCGAUGCCGAUGCAGGUACCCCACGGUCACAUGAUGCAACAGAUCGUGGACGAAAACGGGACGCUGCGACACGUCAUCCUUUCGACCCAACCGCCACAGCCACUGCGCCAAGGCAAUGUCCAGCAUCAUCUGCAUCCAUCAGCAUUUAUAAAUGGUACGACGGCACCAUUUUUCAACCCGCUCGCCGCCACCUACCCAGCGGGACCCGGUGCCGGUGCACCGCAAAUGUAUCCACCGCAGCUGAUUGGAGCGAACGGAGCAAACGUCGGUGGAACGGGGGCCGGUGCUGGUGUCGGCGGUAACCAUGGGCUUCACACGCCGCAAGGAAACGUGCCACACUCACCAUCGCCUCCGCACACGAACACCAGCUACCAUAAGGACGAACGAGCCCAGCGGCAGCAUUCAAAACUGCAUCGAAAGCUGGACCAGAAGCAGCGCGAAUUGAACGCAUCGGCAACGACGCCGAUCAAUUCACCUCGAAAACAUGCCGAACUGAACGGGAGUGGUGGUGUAAGGAAGUCACACACUCCGCACCAUCUGCUGCCUAAUCACAUGAACCACCGCAACGGUACGGCAGCCGUUGCGAUUGCCACACCGUUGGCCACUUCCGAGGAGGAAACGUCCAGCGCACCGGAUGAGGAGGACGACAACACGCAGUCCAUCAUAGUGGAUCACCUUAGCUCGGUACCGUCGCCGCAGGUUACCGAAAUUACGCACCGUACGGCGCUGCUCCAGUGGUCGCCACCAACGCCGGUACCGAUACAGCAGGUACCACCCCCGGUACCGGCCGGACCUGUCCCGGGCGUUCCUCCACCACCCAUUCCCGGUGCCUUGGAACCGUUGCCCUUUAAUGUGCAGGAUCUACGCUACGAGGUGCUGCUGAGUGACCACGGCAAGGAGAACAAGUAUAAGAGCAUUUUCAAAGGUUCGUCACUGUCGUGCAAGGUGCAGGAUCUGCGACCGGGUCAGGAGUAUACGGUGCGAUUGCAGGUAUACCUAGAUCAGCUGCACGGCUCGCCGACGGAACCGACGGUGUUUAAUACGCCGUGCUGCGAACCGGAUGUGCCGGCACCGCCCAAACUAUUAGCACGUACCAAGAACUCGCUUCAGCUGCGUUGGAACGCACCGUCUGACAAUGGUUCGCACAUUAUCCAUUACAUUCUCGAGUGCGACAAUAGCAAGGGCGGUGGAUCGAUGCACCAUCAACAGCAGCAGCAACAAUCGAUGCAACAACAGCAACACUUGGGCUGCGAGUUUAUUGAGGUGUGCAAAACGAAGGGUAAGCAGUUCACAGUCAACAAGCUACAACCCUCCACGUACUACGUUUUCCGGUUAUCGGCGGUGAAUGAGUACGGUCGGAGCGGUUAUUCCGAUCUGGUCAAAUACAGCACCGUCGGUAAUGCGCCGGCACAGCCCACUCCGCCAACGUUGCGACAUGCGACGGCCACAACACUGAAGCUAGCCUGGCAGCGCCGAUCGCCGUGCGAAGAGUACACGCUGCAGAUGAACGACGACCAGGGCUACGGCUAUCGGAACGUCUACAACGGUGUGGACACGCUGUACGAGUGUAGCGGAUUGAGACGUGCUUCAACAUUCCAGUUUAGAUUAAGGGCCGAAAACGAUAACGGGCGAGGACCGUGGAGCGAGGAGGUCGUGUUCCGGACCUUACCGACGUGUCCGGGUCGGCCAGCCAAACCCCAGGUAAAGGGAAAAAUCCAUGCCAACGGAUUUAAGGUGAAGUGGGAUCCGCCGCACGAUACGGGUGGUGCGGAAAUUGCGCUGUAUCAUCUGGAGAUAAGUUCCGGCGCUUCCUACGAUCGCGUAUACAGUGGUAAGGAGUCGGAAGCAACGAUUGAACGAUUGAACCCGGGCACAGCUUACCAGAUCCGGGUGCUGUGCGAAGGACCCGGUGGUAUUAGCACGUUUUCCGAGCCGUGCCUCGUAACGACGGAACCUGUAACACCCGGCCCACCCCAAAAACCCUACUGCAAAUCACCACCGACACCGUAUGCCGCUUGUCUCGGUUGGGAGAAACCGGACUACAACGGUGGUUCGCCCGUGCUCGAGUACGAGAUGGAGGUGGAAACCGUCAGCACGAAGGUGCGCAGUGCGGUGUACCGGGGCAAGGAUAUGUUCUGCGUCGCGAAGGAUUUGCUACCAGGCGAACAGUACACCGUGCAGGUGCGCGCACUGAAUCGCAUCGGUGCGGGCCCAUGGUCAGAGGAGUUUACCUUCACGGCGGGUGCCGCACCACCGGAAUCACCCCGUGAUUUAUCGAUCGUACUGAAGUCGCCAACGCAUUUAACUGUGAUGUGGGCCGAACCGCACAGCAACGGGUCACCGAUAAGCGAAUACAUUCUUCAAUCCAGUGCCGAUUCCAACGUAUCAUCCGCGGCGGGUGAUCAUGCCAGCGGUAGUGACACGAACGCGAACUACCAGACGGUUUACCGUGGUGCGCACCGGUCCGCCGACGUGCGCAACCUACAUCCCCAUUCGCGGUACCAUUUCCGGGUGUGUGCGCUGAAUGCGGCCGGCUGCUCCCGGUUCUCGGUGUCGAUCAGCCAGCAGAUGCCGGCGGCACCACCAAACGCACCCACCAUCGGUGGACAGAAGAUCACGGCCAAGAGCAUACUUAUUAGCUGGCAGACACCGCAUGAUAACGGUUCGCCGGUGACGCAGUACAACAUCGAGUGUGGCGAUCGUUUAAUUGCGACGGACGCUCAAAGUGCCAGUGCAGCCGCUAUCGCAGCUACCUCGCCCGACCACACGUCCGCCGGGUACCACCAUCCAGCCGCCGAAGAGUACGAAGAUGGCGGAGAAGAGUACGACGAGGAGGACGAAGAGGAGGAAGCAUCGAUCGGGAGUGUAGCGUCGACGGAUGCGGAAGAUGAACCUUCGCAACCGGCACCACCAGCAACGACGGUUGCAGCGAAUUUAGUAGAUAGCAAAUUAGGCAAACUAGCAGCAUCCGCUGCGUCGGCAGCCACCGUACCUGCGGGAAGUCCAGCACAUUCCACCAAGGGUGGCAGCAACGGUGCGAAAGCGCCAGGUGCAUUGGUGGCCACGGCAGCGACCGCUAGCCGUGCGACGAGUAGCAGCAACAUGCUGUUGAUCAGCGAUCUGCACCCGGAAACGACGUACAAGCUGCGAAUACAGGCGAUAAACAGCAUUGGUACGGGACCGUUCUCGAGCUACAUCAAAUUCACGACAUCUCCGCUGCCACCGAAGCCACCGAAGCUGGAGUGCGCACAGGCGGGCUAUGCGCAUCUGAAGCUGCGCUGGGGCGAAGGCAAAAAUCUCGAUCUGGCACGCUACUACGUCGAGAUGGAAAACAGACGUUCGGGUGAGUACCACAACGUGUACACCGGCACGCGCAACACCUGCAAGGUGAUGCGGCUGAACGAGCUCACUACCUACACGUUCCGGAUAUGUGUCGAGACGCGACACGCCGGCAGGGGAGAGUUUUCGGAAGGUUUCAGCUUCACGACAGCUGUUGCCGCACCGAACAGCAUUAAGGCACCGCGCGUUUGCAUGGAUCCGGUCGCAGUUGCAGCCGCUUCCGCUGGCACGGCUAACGGAGCUGGUGCGACUGAUCCCGCCCGGUACGGUACACUCACGAUAGAGUGGCAAACGAGCCGCAACAAUCCGUUCGUCGAUCCGAUCGAGUACAUACUGCAGAUGGCCAAAGCUAGGGACCAAGAAUUUCAACAGGCCUACCGUGGACCCGAAACGCGUUUUACUGUGCACAAUCUGCAGCAUGGCGCAAGCUACGCAUUCAAGGUAUGUCCGGUACGUGUGCGCCAGAACGGAGAACAUGUAAAUGGAUCAUUCUCACCGGUACUGAAUCACCAUCUGGCUGCGAACGUGCCCCGCACGAGUUCGAAUGUCGGACGGUCCAGUCACGGUACGGAUGACGUUGAUGGGCGCACAAUGUUCCAGGGUAAUGUUGUUAACAGCCGAGGUGAGUUGGUACUGACGAAAGCGUCAGCUGUCCUUCUGUCCAACAGUAACGGAUACGGUCCGGAUGGCGACCAUCAUGGGUCGCGAAGUGAAUCUGUUGCGUCGACGACGCUGCAACAGUUGCAGCAUUUCUUCGAGCCCGACUCGAGCAAAGCGAUCGUCUGUGUUGUUGCGCUCUUCCUACUGUCCAUCAUUGUUGCUGCUUUCCUGAAGUAAAUCAUCGAUGCAAAUCGAUCCGGCAACCUAGCAAAAAAAAAACAACAUACCAAGGCCUCACUCUCUCGCUCUUCCCUCCCAUAAUGCGCUCCGCUGUGUAAUUGUGUUGUCCUCGAUGUUGUUAUCUGUCCGCUGCAGGGAUGUCGCUUCAUAUGUCUAACAAAGUUAGCUAAAAGUAAACUUGGCCUACGCACCAAGCCCCACAGACCAUCCACAUCAGGGUGCGGGAAACUGUGAAACCCUUAUGGAAACGAACAAGCAAAACAUGGAAGAAUGCCAGGGUAUAUAAACAAAUUAUGAUAUAACAUAUACAGAACACAAAAAAAAAAAACAAAAAAAAACAUAAAGAAAAUCAUGUGAUGUGCGCACACUAA